ACAGCGCCCCCCAGCGGCGGUGUGGUUGUUGAAGGUGCAGUAAUGGCCGCUCAUCUUGGGGAGGUGUGAGUUGUAGUUGUACCCACUUGAAUUUCCAAAUUUCGAUCCGGAAUUCUGUCCGGUGAUUUCUUAAGUCCAGCACUUACAUUGACAUUUUCAUGCGGGAACUUUCAGAAGUGUCUGGAAACUGGUCUUUUUGCCGAUGUCGUUUGAUGAAUGUGGCUUAGUAAGUGAAAAUUCGUGGUGAGGACUUGGCUACAUCAGGUGUUUUACUUGUACACGAAGGUACAUGUACUCGGUCAUUGUCGGUACAUACAUGUACAGUACUUCAUAGGCCUAACGCGAUGUACCCGGAGAACAACGUCUCUGCUCUGCUAUUGCUGUCGACGUUGGUCUUGAUCUUUUGACGAACUGAGUGCCAGUUCUAGGCCUAAUGCGAAUUUGGAGCUAUCCUGAAAGUUGUGAGACAAAAUUGAUGUGCCUGCUCUGCGAAAAACUUGUCUUGGUGUUCUGGUUCAAUCCGACUCGAGUGCAUUUUUAAUUCAGUUUCAGUAGAUCUUGUUGUAGACAGUUUGACUGGAGGAAACCGUUUUUGGCCUACAACUACCUGCUACCAGUCUGCUUACCCAUCAGGAUAAUACUACUCCUUCUUGAAAUCCAAGCCACAGAAACUGUUGUCAUGCCUUUAUUUCCAAAAAAGAAAGGUGAAAAGAAGCCAAAAGGGGGCCUCACGGAAUAUGAGCAGCAGCCCGAUGUCGAUCAGACAAACUCACGAGAGGCGUACCCAACAGCUCCCACUUCUGCUGUGCCGCCGGUGGCCAAUGGCAGUCAGGUACCUUCAGCCACACAGCCACAACAGCCGCCACGGAGGCUGGUGUUCUACACCCAGCUAGCCCACGGGAGCUCCACUGAACGGAUUGAAGGUUUCACGAAUGUCAGGGAGCUGUACGAGGAGAUUGCCAAGGCAUUCGACAUAGCACCUUUAGAUAUCCUGUUCUGCACGCUCAACACCCACAAAGUGGACAUGGAGAGGCUCCUGGGAGGUCAGAUAGGCCUGGAAGAUCUCAUUGUGGCGCACGUGAAGGGGCCGACGAAGGCCAUCGAGUGCCUGAAGUCGGACGCCUCGCUGGGGCUGACCAUCACUGACAACGGGGCGGGCUACGCCUUCAUCAAGCGCAUCAAGGAGAACAGCGUCAUGGAGGGUGUGGCCGAAGUGCUGGUGGGCGACCACAUUGAGGCCAUCAACGGGAAGAGCAUGAUCGGAUCCCGCCACUUUGAAGUAGCCAAAGAGUUCAAGGACCUGCCCGUGGGCUUAAACUUCACUGUCAACUUGGUGGAACCCAAGAAGGCAUUCACCAAAAUCGCGCCCCGUUCGGCCACCCCGGUAAUGGCCCCACCAGUGGCCGCCACGCCAACCGAGAACCAGGUGAAGACGGGUAGGGAGACGUUGCGGUUACACAGCAAGGGGCCGGCUGAGAUAGUCAAGGAAGAGCCCAACAAAUUUGAGACCAUUGCAGCCACCAAGUGUGACGAUCUGCUUGAAAGCUACAUCGGGAUCCGGGAUGAAACCCUCGCGGAGACUCUGGUGGGGUUAUUCAAAGGCAAGUCAGACUUUUCGGACUUUAUGGCGGCGGUGGAAGAACAGCUCGGAGAGCUGGAAUUCCCUGAGGAAUUCAUCUUUGACCUCUGGGGCAUGAUGGGAGAUGUGAAAGAUGGCCGGAUAUGAAUGCUACCGUUUCCGCCAACAGUUAAAAUUUGAAGGAGGAAAGGAAGCAAAAGUCCGUCUCUUUUUUAUUUGAGUACAAGGAAUCAAGAGUCUCGACUACCAAUGAAAAAAUUAUUUGUAUAUUUGUAAUUGUUAAUCAACGGCAUUUGCCGCAAGGGUCUCAAGUACAUGUAAUUUUAAUAUUUUCUUUUUGGUGAUACUUUUCUUUAAAUGCAUACAUGUUAAUUAAGCUUUUUCACCUUCCGCCGAGCCAGUUUGAGGAAUUUCGAGGAGCAGCAUACAUGUUGCUGAUGUCAAUUCAAGAUUGUAGUUAAAAGUUCUUAUCCCAGCAUGGAGUUUUUACACUCUUCCUUGUUCGGUCUCUUUAUACCAAAGUUUACCAGUGGGCCACAUUAAAUCUAAAACAAGUGACUAGAGACCAACGUUUAUGCCCCAAGGAGAAUCUUUUUUAUUCGCUCUCUUUGCAGUUAAAUGUCUCGCCCACCAUUGAAAUGAAGUCACAAGUUCAAUCCUACCAGUUUGAUUGAUGUUGAUUUAUUUAUUCGAUAAUAUGAACAGGAACAAGGUGCACUAUGGUACAUGCUAAUCUUUUAUGCAAUUUAAGCAAAUGUGAUAAGCUUUUUCUGAGUUGACUUUGACCCAAAUCUGGUACACUGAGUUCUUUAAUUCACGUGAAUAGUACAACUUUAAUUCUCCUUACUAAAACCACUGUUGCCAUACCUCGUGAUUCCAGGCAAGCUUUUGCUUAGUUACAUAAGAGAUGCC